AUGACGGGCUCUGUGCUUUACUAUCUGACUGCCAUGCUGGCAUCGACUUCUGUUCUUCGAAGUAAUGUUGGGGUGCAAGGUGUAGCCGGCCAGUAUCUUCUCGGACUAGGAAUCGGAGACAUCACUGGGCCCGUAGUUGAGACUAACAUGAUGGGAUACGCCAGUUUAGCCCAGACUGAUACAGGCUUGCACAUGCGCCAGCGCAGUCGCGUCUUCAUUGUCGCUGAAGAGGACAACCCCUCAAACACAAUAGUAUUCAUUAACUCUGAUAUUGCAAUGGGUGACACCGGCGUUCGGCGCUCAAUCGUCAGCAACCUCACUGCUAUGUAUCCUGGCGUGUAUACCAACGAGAAUAUCGCGUUCGUGGGGACUCACCAGCACUCCGGAGUCGGCGGCUACCUGGAGAACCUUCUUCCACAAAUCACCUCUCUGGGAUACGUUGCGGCUACAGCUAACGCCAUUGUCCAAGGCACUGUUCUCGCCGUACAAAGAGCCCACAAUAGUCUCGCGCCUGGAAGUUUGAGCUUGGGGAACACCACUGUUCUGAACGCGAACAUUAAUCGCUCGCCGUCAGCCUACCUUGCAAAUCCUGCUGAGGAGCGAGCUCAGUACGAGUUCGAUCAGGACAAGGAAUUAACAUUGUUAAGGUUCGAUGACGCGAGCGGAAACGCCCGAGGCUUCCUCAGCUUCUUCGCCGUUCAUGGCACCAGUCUUUAUGAGAAUAACACUCUCGUCAGCGGUGAUAACAAGGGAAUGGCAGCAUACCUCUACGAGGCGAUGAUUGAACCUGAUGCUAUGCCGGGGAAUGCCACGUUCGUGGCUGGCUUUACUCAAGCCAACGUUGGUGAUACCAGUCCUAAUACUCUUGGGGCAUUCUGCGAGAGCCCCGGUGAAUCGUACGACGGGAUGGCUUGCGACUUUAACCACUCUACUUGUGGUGGUACUGUCGAAGAUUGUCACGGACGUGGGCCCGGUUUCCGCAUCUCGGACUUUGCUUCGAAUGAAAUCAUUGCCCAAUAUCAGGUGGAUGGUGCUCAAACCGUCAUGGAAGCCUCUAAUCGUAGUGCCGUCACUGGAUCGGUGCGGAGCGUACAUAUAUACCUAGAUAUGGCCAACCACACAUUCACUUUACCGAACGGGACCAGUGUGCAGACAUGUCCCCCUGCUAUGGGAUUUGCUUUCGCGGGUGGAACUACCGAUGGUCCAGGCGCAUUCGACUUCAUCCAGGGGGACAACUCUUCUCAACCCCAAAACCCUUUUUGGGAAAUAGUCAAAGACUUCGUUACUCCGGCACCGUCUGCGGCACAGAUAGCUUGUCAAAAUCCCAAGCCCAUUCUUCUCAAUACUGGAUAUGCGGAUCUUCCCUACCAAUGGUCACCCAGCACAGUGGACAUUCAGAUGCUUCGUGUAGGCCAAUUAGUCAUGCUUGUUAUGCCAGGUGAACUCACAACAAUGUCCGGAAGAAGAAUUAGACAAGCUGUACGCUCUAAACUGAUAUCCUCGGGCGUUCUCGAAAACGAUGCUUACGUCGUAAUUGCUGGUCCUGCCAACACUUACGCCCAUUACGUGGCUACUCUGGAAGAGUACAGUGUACAGAGAUACGAAGGAGCGUCAACCAUAUUUGGACAAUACACCCUCGAUGCAUACAUCGACAAAUAUACCAGUCUUGUUCCUUUCAUUGCGGAUACGGUUACGGGUACUCCUGCGUCUGAUGCUCCUCCUGCAGAACAAACUUCCAAGGCUAUUUCACUCCAGUUACCUGUUGUGUUCGACUCGGCUCCUUUUGGUUCUAGUUUCGGCCAAAUUCAGACGGACGUUGGGACUACUCCUUAUCAGGCAGGACAAACUGUCUUUGCCACCUUUGUUGGAGCGAAUCCCCGGAACAACCUUCGACUGGAAGAAACAUUUUUUAGUAUUGACCGACUUGUCUCAGGAGCAUGGCAGAUGUUUAGGUCGGACUCUCAUCCAUCUACCACCUACUCUUGGGUUCAGACAAGCACGAUACUAGGUACCAGCCAAGUCAACAUCACUUGGUCAAUCGAAAACGGGACUCCUGCUGGUACAUAUCGCAUACGUUACUUUGGCGACUCGAAGCCUCUCAUUGGGUCUAUUUCUUCAUUCGUUGGACAAUCUGGCAAUUUUACGAUUUCGUGA